AUGGCUGAAGUUGCAUUUCCUUUGGCAACCAAACUCAUUGAAAAGCUCGGGUCUAUUGCUUCUGAGCAGAUCUGCUUGGCAUGGGGCGUUAAAGCUGAUCUGAAAAAGCUUCAGCGCACAAUGUCCACCAUCAAAGAUGUCCUCUUGGAUGCCGAACAGAAGCAAGCUCAUAACCAGCAGAUACGCAGUUGGCUACGACAGCUUAAAGACGUAUUUCUUGAUGCCGAGGACUUGUUGGAUGAGUUUGAGUGCGAAGCUUUGCGGAGGGAAGUGGUGGAAACAUUUCAUGGCACAACUGGAAAGGUACGCCGUUUCUUCUCUCGUUCUAAUCCAAUCGCAUUCCGUUUCAGAGUAGGCAAUGAAAUCAAGGAGAUUACAGAGAGAUUAGAUGAGCUCAAGUCCAAUAAGGCUAUAUUUGAUUCUCUCACCAUUCUUCCUCAUGGAUAUGGAGGUGAGGAUCAUGAAAGACCUUUCGUUCCUGCUUCAAAGGUUAUUGGUAGAGAGUCUGAGAAGGAAGAAAUUGUAAAUCUGUUGAUGCAACAAGGUGAUGAUGAUCAAAGUGGGAAUUCUAAUAAUAAAGUCUCUGUCAUUCCGAUAGUGGGGAUUGGAGGUUUAGGGAAGACCACACUUGCCAAGUGGGUGUACGAUGAUAAAAGGGUCGUUGGGCAUUUCGAAUUGAGGAUGUGGGCAUCUGUUCCGGUGGACUUUGAACUUACUAAAUUGACAAGACUGAUUCUUGGUUCUGCAUUAAAUACAGAGAUCAGUGAUAAAUUGACUCUGGAUCAGUUGCAAGGAAGGCUACGUGAAGCUUUGAAGGAUAAGACAUUUCUGCUUGUCUUGGAUGAUGUUUGGAAAGAUGAUGCUUUGAAGUGGAGUCAGUUGAGAGAUCUAGUGAUAGAGGGAGCCAAGUCAGGAAGUAAGAUUUUAGUGACGACAAGAAGUACCGCAGUCGCUGAGAUCAUGGGUACCAUUCCAGAAAACAUUAAUUUAGAAUUUCUUUCUUUUGAGGAGUGCUUGUCAUUGUUUGUAGAAUGUGCUUUUAAAGAGGGACAUGAGAAAGAAUAUCCUAACCUCUUUAAAAUGGGGGAAGAAAUUGUUAGAAAGUGCGGAGGGGUUCCAUUGGCAGUGAAAACUUUAGGGAGUCAACUAUACUCAAAGACUGAUCAAAGGGAAUGGAAACUGGUUAGAGAUUCUGAGAUAUGGAAAUUGAAACAAGAAGAUAGUCACAUUUUACCUGCUUUGAGACUGAGUUAUACCAGAUUGCCUCCUCAUUUGAGACAAUGUCUUGCUUACUGUUUCAAUCUUCGAAAGGAUAGGAUUGAGUUUCGUAGUUGUGAUUUGAUCAGCUAUUGGAUGGCACAUGGAAUCCUUGAUCAAUCUCGUGUUCAUGGGAAUAUGGAGUUGGAAGACAUCGGAGAGCUAUAUUUUAAGGAUUUAUGGGCGAGAUCCUUCUUUCAAAACGUAAUUGAUCUUGGUAUUUACUACCAAUUUGAUAUGCAUGAUCUUAUCCAUGAUCUUGUACAAUCAGUUGCACAAGGUGAGUGUUUUACAGUGAAGUCUGCAAACACCGAAGACAAAUCUGAAAAUGUUAGACAUUUGACAGUUUUGGAAGCUGGCCAAAAUGUUUCAACAACCUUGCAAAAGUUGAACAAAGUGCGGACUAUAACAGCAGUGGAAACAAAGAUCGAUGAAUCCUUCAUGUGCACUUGCUUUUCAAGAUUCAAGUAUUUGCGAGUGGUUGAGUUAGUUACAUGUUCAUUACAAGUGUUGCCAAGUUCCAUUGGUUCCCUAAAACAUUUGAGAUAUCUGAACUUGAGUUGUAAUGAAGCAAUAACGAAACUCCCUAAUGCAAUCUGCAGACUGCAGAGCUUGCAAUCUCUACAUUUUGCUGGAUGUGUGAAUCUUGAAGAGUUGCCCAGAGAUAUAAGCAAAAUGAUCAGCCUCACAUCACUUUGCUUAACCACAAAACAAACAAAUUUUACUAAGAAUGGGGUGGGAUGCUUGAAAUCCCUUCGAUCUCUUAGUAUUUUUCAGUGUAGUAAUUUAAUCUCUUUGCCGCGUGAAACGAGCUAUCUUGCUUCCUUACGAAAUCUGUGGAUAUCAGAAUGCGAACAACUGGAUUUGGGGAACAUAAACUAUCAAGGAACUCCACUGAAGCUCCAACAAUUGUUUAUUGGACGACUACCACGGAUGGUGGCAUUGCCUGAAUGGUUUCAAGGAGCGGCUAACGCCCUUCAAGUCUUGAUUAUUGCCAACUGUAAGAAUUUGGAGGCAUUACCUGAGUGGUUGGCAAGUUUCACAUCACUCACAAAGUUGGCUCUAUAUUCAUGUCAGAAAUUGUUGUCUCUGCCAGAGGGGAUGUGUUCUCUUGCCUCCUUAAGAGAACUUGUGAUUUAUGAUUGUCCUGAAUUGGAGAGGAGAUACAAGCGCGACAUUGGAGAAGAUUGGCCCAAGAUUUCUCAUGUGCCACAUGUUUCCUUUCCCUUGGUCUAUUGA